CGCGGCGGCUUCCGGCGGCGAUCCGGCCAUGAGGUUGACGGCUGCGCUCGGCAUCUCCCACGGGCGGCUGCGGCGGCGGAUCGGGCUCGGGCCGCGCUCGCGCCUCGACCUGCUGCGGAAUCUCGUGACGAAACUGGUGCGCCACGAGAGGAUCGAGACCACGCGCGUCCGCGCCGACGAGAUGCGCUUCUACGCCGAGCACUUGAUCGAACACGCCAAGCGCGGCGACGCGGACCCGCAGGCCAUGCGCCUGGCCGACUUCUGGCUGACGGAGAAGGACCUGAUACACAAGCUCUUCCAAGUGCUGGCGCCCCGCUUCGCUCCCCACCAGGGCGGCUACACGCGGAUGGUGCGGAUCCCCAAGAACGAAAACCUGGACCGGGCCGAGAGGGCGGUGAUCGAGUACAAGGGCAACCCGCUGCCGCCGCUGCCGCUGCCCCGCCGGGACGGCGAGAAGACGCUGGUCAACCAGCUGCUGAAGGGCUACCGGGAGGAGCGGGGCACGUCCGUGUGACGGAGGCCCGAGAGCCGCCGCCUCCUCCACCCACCCAACCCCGGUGAAUAAAGGCCUCUCUCGGGGCGUCCUGCUUGUUGUCUCGGGCGGGAGUGGGGGAGAGGAGAGGAAGAGGAGGCAUUGCUUCUCUCCCAGCAACUGAGCCUGGAGAGGCCCCGGGUGGAAGUCUUUGCUCCGAACAGUGGUUCUACACACAUGCCACAGCUCCAUUAUACCGGUAUCCAUUGUGAGAACCAGAUUUUUUUCCUUCACUAUUGUAGGAAGUUAGCACCCACCCCUCUCCUAGAGGAAUGAAAUAUUUUGAGAAAUAUUAAAAAGGCAGAUAUAUUUCCCUGGAUGGGUAAUGUAGAAACAUGCUCUUGGAAAGCAGGCCCCACCAUCCUUAAAUAGCCCACAGCACUUAAGAGAUAAAGAGAUAGGUAGCAGUUCCCUGCAGCAGGGUCUGAACAAAGGUAGGAUUAGCCCUUGGACACAAUAGGAAUUGGCCGACAAGCCCCUUCAUUGCAUCAGCCAAACUUCAACCAAGUUUAGCUCAGACAAACUCCUGGGAUUUAUACAUAGAAGGCAAUAGAAUACAUGUUCUUGCACAGGAAAAGGAAAUUCCAGUGCAAAGCCCAAGAGAAGGUAUAAAACCCCCUCACUCUGUACUGCGUGUGGUCAGGUGCUCAGAAUAACAUGUGCUUCGUGGUUGUGCUUCAUCAAUAAGUAGACCCCCUUUUCAAUCAGCCUCCAGCCUUCAUUUUGUCUCCAGUGUGUGCCUUUCUCCUAGCUUGGAACUGAACCAGAUGGAUAUUUCUUCCAAUAUUGGUGUCUUUGUGGAGGGUUCCUUUCUCCUGUGUGCAUCACAUAUUUCAAUUAAGUUAUUUGCCUCUUGGUUAAGUACUAUUGUGACCAAAGCCUGGCUCUCCUAAAAAAACAAAUAACUUGGAAGAUACAAGGUGUUUAUUAAGCAAACAAAUAGCUACACUCAGCUCUAAGCUUGCUGAGCAGUCGUGACAAAAAGCAGAGUCACAGUAUAUAUCUUUUGGUAUGCUAUGUUACAAAGGUAAGCCAAAGGCAGACACUAAAUAUAAUUGAUGUUGGAAUGAUUUUGAUAAACCCACCUGGAUGAUUUUAUUUUCCUGCUAUGGCCAGGGAAUAUAAGCAAUUCAGUUUAUUGGGCCAUUGAUUCCUGAUUUUCCUCCUGGUGCCAUUCAGGGUCAAUUCAGCCAGUUGUGAAUGCUUUAAUACAGGGGUGUCAAACUUGCAG